AUGCUUUCUGAGGAUAUAGCAGAAUAUUACUUAAAAAACCUUAUUGGACGAAACCUCGUGAUGGUUUCCAAGAAAAGUUCCGAUGAUAAGAUAAAGGCAUGUCGCAUUCAUGACUUGUUGCUUGAUUUUUGUAAAAAGAAAGCCAAGGUGGAGAACUUUCUACAAUGCAUAAAAGGGGACAAUGAUAUGUAUCCAUCUUCUAUUUCCUAUCAGAAGCAUAGCAUUUUACGACGCUUAUGCAUUCACUUUCAAGGUGAUAAUCUUGCAGAAUGGAGUUCGAUUUGUCCAGAUGUACAAUCUUUCCAUUUGAUGACGGGUAGAGAAAUUGGAUUAUCUUCAAUAAGCCACGCAUCACAGACUUUUAAACAGUCUCAAGUUUCUGUGGGUGCUAGAUUUAGAAUUCACUUUCUCUUGGGGUCGUGGGGGACCUGGGCCACCGAGCUGCACUUGCCUCCAAGUCUCAAGAAAUUAACACUAUCCAAUGGUCGUGUAUUUUGUCUAGGUCAAGUCUCAAUCCUCCCGAGACUUGUGGUACUCAAACUGCUACAAGUUACCAUUCAUUCCAAUGUAUGGCAAGUGACCUAUGAGCAGUUCCCCCACCUCAAAUUCUUGAAACUACGAGAUCCUUCUUUUUCUGAAUGGAAUGUUACAGAUGAUGCUUUUCCAUGCCUUGAGAACUUGGUGUUGAGAAGAUGGCGACAUCUUGAGGAGAUCCUUUCUGGCUUUGCAUACAUGCUGACUCUAAAUUCCAUUGAGGUGACGGCAUGCAAAAAAAUACUGGUUGAAUUAGCCAAGAAUAUCCGGGAAACACAAGUUGAAAUGCUAAAUACUGCUCUUUAUCCAGAAAUAGAACGAUCAUACCUUGACCCUCAAAUGCCAGCUCGAUUCGGCUAA